AAAAAGCUACCCCAAAGCUCACGUCGAACCGACCCUAAAUCUCUCUCCUCUCUCGCAUUCUCUUACUCCGGCACUCAUCGCCGAAGUCCAGCUAAAAAUGGCGACCCGUCGAACUCUCACAACUCUUCUAACUCGAACAUUAUCACGCAACUCUUCAAUUCUCUCUCCUACAACCCGAUAUUCUCUCUCUUCAAUUCAAUCCCAUUUUCAACCCUCACUCCCCCAAAACUCAUCUUCAAUUCAAACCCGUUUCAAAACAUCCGGGUCGGGUUACUCGCCACUCAACGACCCAUCACCAAAUUGGACUAACCGCCCACCUAAAGAAACCAUAUUAUUAGAUGGGUGUGAUUAUGAACAUUGGCUUAUUGUUAUGGAGUUUCCUAAUGAUCCUAAACCUUCUGAUGAAGAAAUGGUCAAUUCUUAUGUUAAUAUUUUAGCUCAAGUUGUUGGAAGUGAGGAAGAGGCGAGGAAGAAGAUUUACUCUGUUUCUACCACAACUUAUACUGGAUUUGGUGCUUUGAUUUCUGAGGAACUUUCUUACAAAGUUAAAGCGUUACCCGGUGUUCUCUGGGUCUUGCCUGAUUCUUAUCUUGACGUGCCAAAUAAAGAUUAUGGAGGUGAUCUUUUUAUUGAUGGGAAGGUUAUCCGAAGGCCACAGUAUGAUUAUAGUGACAGGCAGCAGAAUACUAGAACUAGGUCACGCCCACGAUAUGACAAACGCCGUGAAAGAGUGCAGAAUGUGGGAAGAGUGCCUAUACAGACACAACCACCGAGUUGGUCACAGGACAAUACACAGACAAUGCAGCAGCAAACAUCAAUGAAUGACACAAAUACAACUCAAAACCAUGGCAAUAAUCCAGAAAGAUAAUUGGUCCGAAAACCAACCCCUGCAGGCUAGCAGGACACACCAGCGGUUAAACCCUCACGAUGUUUAAAGUAAGAUUGUAGCGUGCAAUUUUAUUACCUAUUUCUAACAAUAUAUAAUAAGUAAUACUUCAUACGUUCCAAAAUAUAGUUCCUGUUUUAUUUUUUAUAGUCUAACUUUAAAACUUUUGACCAAAUAUUCUCAUUGAUAUGAGAUCUUGUUAGAUUCGUCUCCAUGUGUAGUUUUAUAAUAUCAAUUUUUAUAAUUUUUAUUAAUACAUAGUUAAAUAUAUUGAUGGUCAAAGAUAUGUGUUGGAGAUAGUGUAAAGAGGACGGAAAUUAUAUUUUGAGACAGAAGAAGUAACAAAUAAAUGUAUUUUGUUAUGCACCAAUAAGAUGAUACUAUAAAUCCCCUUGAAAAAUUUCUAUGCAACCGUUGAAUAUCCUAUAUGGUGUAACCAAAUAACCUACCUGCCUUAAGCCUACCCCCUCCAUAUCUCCGGAUUUUUGUGAGGGGAUUAUUACCACUUGAUAAGAUUGUUGCAUAUAUAUCUCCGGAGUAUGUUAUAAAUUGCUUAGCUUAAACUAUCUCUGUUUCAAAUUAAUUGUUACACUUACACUUUUCACGCAUGCCAAUGCAAAACUUUGAGGACAUAUAUUUUUAGUUUUGUAUUUGUAAAAAUUAUAAAAGUACAUAUUGAUAAAAUACAUAUUAAUACGAAUCUAACAAGAUCCCACAUGACUAUGUUUUUAUUCACGUAUGAAUCACAAACGAGGGUCAAAGUGCAAUUUGUAAAUAGUGUAAAAUGUCAAAGUGUAACAAUUAA